AUGGACUUUCCUCGACUUUCGCCACCUUCGAUUAGUAUACACGAUUUUAACAGCGGCCAUACAUCUACCGGGAGACCUCAAAAUACUAUGCCCGGGCAGUCAUUUCCUUCACAAGGCCCCCUACCGAUCCGAACAAACACAAUGACAAAUUUCGCCCCGCCACCAUUACCACCACCCUCACACAUCACCGACCUAGAAAACGGGUACGACGCGGGUUGGAUACAUGCCAAUUCCAGAUUACCGCCUGGGUCCAUGAAGCUUGCGCCCAUCAACCCUAACUCGAGUCUUUUUGGCGACCACCGUCGCCCAGAGUACGGUGUAUCUCGGAGUGAUCCGAUGGCGCUGGAUGAGUUAGAUGGCAGACAAGGUAGUUUACCCGCUGCAAGGAGUCCUGAAGCGCAUAUUAAGAUUGAGCCACCCCCUCCAGCCGAUGAAGGUUUCCGAAACUCAAUCGGUAACCCUGGGCCGUUUCUCAAAGGUGAACAGGACUUCUCCCGCAGAAGCGUCAAGGACUCAUCUCACGCCUACGACCAACAUCUCUUGUCCAAAAUCGGAAAGCCAGUCUCCCCGCGCCAAUCCUUGAGUAUGGGGACAGGAAACAGGGGUUCUUUAUCGACUCUACCAGUUCCCUCGAGGGGCCUCUCGAGCUUACCUUCUCCGGCUGGUUCCGAAGUCCAGUCUCUCGACGUACGGUUGUCUGGCAGUUCCCAAUCUGGCGGUAUAUCCCCGAGCACCAAGGUAGCAUGGAGGGACUACAUUAGCCGUCGAAGCCCGAGCGUCGAAAGCAACGCGCCUUCAUCUACCCUAGACUAUGAGCAUCAUUCGCCCUUCUCCCGUGGUAGCCGUCGUGGGGGCGGGACUACACCCCAGUAUGACGAUUUCUCCAGCCUUCCCAGCCGAUCAAAUCGAGGGAGCUACGACCAGAGCGUUGUUUCGGAUAUGGAAGGCGAGUUUUCUACAGAUGAAACGCUGCCGCCCCGAUUGUUCAGUGUCCGAGAAGCGACGCCGCCUUACUUAGAACCUUCUAGGUCUGGUAUGAAACGAAGAGCAUCGUCACCCCCUCGUGAGCCCGUAGGCAACGACAAACAUCAGCUUCACACGACAACCAGCAAUGGAGAUCUUUCUCAACGGAGAACCACAGGACAUCCAUUCACCAAUAACUUGUCGGUGAAUAGCUAUACUCACAGCUAUGGGAGUCUCUCAGCUGCGUCAUCCGUGAGCCACCGAACCACAGCAUCAUAUUCAUCGGCCGCUCCUUCAAUAGGCAGCAGUAUCACUACAGCAUCGACGUAUGACCGCUCGCCUACAGGCUUGUCGCCGAAGUCUGAUCUUGAUGCUUUUCACGAGAGGCCGCCGAUUAACCCCGGCUCAACCGCAGGAUUAUCCGCUCAGCUGGUUGCACAGACCAUGCAGGACCCUGCUUCUGUCGAGUCACCUAGUGGAAACGCUCCAAGGAAAAUGUCGUUCCAAACGAACCUGAAUGUGCCCAAGCCAACGGCAGCCAAGAUUGGCGGGCUGUACAUCUGUGACUGCUGCCCCAAGAAGCCUAAGAAGUUUGAUAGCCCUGAGGACCUUCGUGCACAUGCCAUGGAGAAACAAUACUCUUGUCUGUACUGCAACAACAGAUUCAAGAACAAGAACGAGGCCGAGCGCCAUCAGAACUCGCUGCACCUUCGGCGUCAUUCUUGGUCAUGUGCUGCGCUUCCAGGCUAUCAAGCGGCGUUUCAUCCAUCUCCAUCCUCAACGCAGUCAGGUUCGGGGGCAUCCCACGACAGCUGUGGGUACUGUGGUGAAGAAUUUCCGAAUUUCCCUCAACCGGAUUGGGACCAGCGCUUCGAACAUCUCACAGCGGUACAUAAAUUUGGAGAAUGCAACAACUCGAAAAAGUUCUUCCGUGCAGACCACUUUCGGCAACAUCUCAAACACAGCCAUGCAGGAACUAGUGGGAAAUGGACCAACAUACUGGAGAAUGCCUGCAUGAAGGAAGAAGCUCCGCCCGAACCCAUAAACCCACCAAACAAGAAACCCAAUGACGCUAUCCGGGACUGCUGA